GCCUUUUUAUUCGCACCAGGGGCGGACAUAAAAAAAGAUCCGCAACAACAUCGACCCUCAUUAACGUAGCUGUGUGUUCUCACAGUGCCUGGUUCCCUGAGCUGACAAAAAUGUUUCAGAGCCAUGUGUAAAGUACAUGGCGAAAUAUAGGUCGGGCGAGUAUAAAUGUGUGACCUCCAGGAACCUUCCCCGUUUUUCUUCAUCCAACCUCCAAACUUGUUUUAUAAAUACCCCUUUAAACAAGCUUUAUAGUCAAGAAUGCGUCUGCUUAGCAUCAUCAUCGCGCAGCUCUCGCUGCUCGCUUUCCUGCUGGUCAGUGUGCACCCGGCCCAAGCCCAAUCUCAAUCUACCCCGGCCACCAAGGACUCGACCAUCAUGCGCUCAACCGUGUCCUGCCCGGACUGCCCGAACCGCAACUGCUACGAGUGCACCUUGGGCCAUAACAACACGCUGGUGGCUAACACCGGCGGGCUGGCGUACAUCCGUGCCUUGAUUGGGUUCACCUUGCCGUAUGACGGGUCGCUGGUACGCUCGUGCCAGAUCCAAAUCCCGGCAUUCACCCAGCCACUGCAGUCUGACAUCACAGUGGUGUUCUGGCAGGCAGUGUCGUCGAACUGGGACGAGAGCACGGUCACAGCCAAUAAUGCACCGGAUGCCGGCGGCCAGGUCGCCACGGUUACUGUGCCUGCGAAUAACAACAUGGGUCCGGUGGAUAUUACCGGGGCAUGCCGCAAUGCGACCUCGGGGCAGUUCUCGGUCUACAUUGGCACCCAGUUUGGCCGCAUCGAGUUCUGGUCCAAGGACUCGGGCAACCCGGCGAUUCUCCAUGUGGACAGGUUCGUCAAGAAGACCCCGAGCUAGGCUGGCUUGAGUAUAUUUUUCUUGCUGAUUGCAAUAACAGACAUGUCUCUAGCCUGAUAUUUGACUGUUGCAUAAUAGGUCUAGAUG